ACGUCUUUCGACGAUAAAAGCAACAUGGCUCUGCUAUUUUUCCUCUGCCUAGCCGUCUCAGUAGUGUUUGGUUUGCCGGAGGACCGCAUAGUAGGCGGCGAGGACGCAGCUCCAGGCGAGUUCCCGGCUAUCGUGUCGCUGCAAGUGGACGAGAGCCACAACUGCGGCGCCAACGUACUCGACGAGCAGUGGGUGCUCACCGCCGCGCACUGCGUCGACGUCGAUACGAGCCAGCUGUCAGUCCUGGCCGGCACCGUCAACAUAUCCUCUGGCGGCACGCGGCACCGGGCGACCAAGGUGGUGGUGCACAGCCGGUACAGCCCCGUGGAUUCCUGGGUCAACGAUGUCGCUCUCAUAAGGGUGGAGCCCGCGCUGGUUAUCGACAACGUGACCGUGGCGGCUGCCAGGCUGCCAGAGCAGUGGGAGGACACACCUGCCGGCACUCCCGCCGUCAUCAUCGGCUGGGGACGACUCUGGCAAGACGGAGACCUACCCGAUAUGCUGCAGAAGGUGGACACGGCCAUCGUGGACCAGCAGGAGUGCUUCGACGUGUACGCCUACAACUACACGAUUCACGACAGCCAGAUCUGCUCGGAGGUGCCGCUGCCGGACAAGGGCGCCUGCAACGGUGACUCCGGCAGCCCGAUGCUGGUGGACGGCGUCGUGGUGGGUCUGGCGUCCUGGCAGCAGGGCUGCGCCCUCGAGGGCUACCCCACCGUCUACACCAGGGUCUCACACUUCGUCGACUGGGUCGAGGAGAACAAGAAAUAGACAACGCACGUUGUCUCCUAGAAGACUCACGCCUACAGGCCUAUUUCCUGUUAUUUUCAUCUUUGGAUGCUUAUCAUAUGUUAAAACGUGUUUCAGGAGUCGCAUGCUUUUUUCCUCGUCCUUUAUCUGACUGUUUCCCCCUACCGUUUUAUUGUGACCUUUCAUUACAAGAACAGUGGUACUGCAAGUAUUGUUAGAAGUCACUAUAAUUAGUAUAUCAUUGGUACACAUCAGAAAUUUUAUAUGGAGGCGAAAAGAAUCUUGUGUUUGACUUCAUUUCGCAUGUACCGCCUUGGGACAAUUAAACUGAAAUUCUGAUAAA